AUGAGUUUAAGUGAAAGUGAAAGUGAUGAGGUUAUUGUUGGACAAUUACCCCAAGACAGAAAGUCAUUAUUAGAUGGAGAAGAGGAUGAGGAUGGUCCAAUUGACACAACUACUAAUAUUGACAAGUUAAAAAAUGAACGAUUUGAAAAUGUUCCUCAAGAUGAAAGUGCAGUUAUUGAACCAUGUAAAUAUUCAUAUGAAGGGGAGGUUAUUGAGAAUGAAGAAUGGGAUUGGAAGAAUGAAAAGUUUAGUUCAGAUGAUGAGACAAACGCUGAAAAUAAAGAUUAUUUCAAUUUUGAAGAAAGUACAUUUGGAUAUGAGUCGUUGAAUCAUCAGUCUGAUGGUGCAAAUGAACGAAAUGAUACUAACCAAGUUAAUGAAGAACAACAUAUUAAUGAAAAAGAAGAAGAUAAGAGAAAUGAAAUGAUUAACAAAGCAAUUGAUGAAUAUCUCAAUGAUGACAGUUAUGAAGAGUGUAUGAAAGCAGAUGGACAUUAAGAUAUAAACAUAUUAUCUACUCAAAAAACAACAACGAAUUUGAGUUUCGUAAAUUUAUGUUGCAUUGAU